AUGGGUGACAAUAAACAAGUAUUUACAUCCAUUACCAAGAAACCUGGGGUCGGAUAUCCAGUGUUAACACCUAAUCGUCGAGGAUUAGAUGGUGCGAUUGAAGCUGGUGCAAAGGAAGUGGCUAUGUUUACAGCAGUGACCGAAUCAUUCAAUCAAAAGAAUACCAAUUGUUCUACCGAUGAAGCUAUCCGACGAUUAGCAGAAGUGGCCAAGCAUGCUUUGGACCAAAAUAUUCGCGUUCGAGGUUAUGUUUCCUGUGUGGUGGGUUGUCCUUAUGAAGGCUCUGUAGAUCCUGUCAAGGUAGCUGAUAUGGCUCAACGAUUAUAUGAAGCUGGAUGUUAUGAAAUAAGUUUGGGGGAUACUAUUGGUGUGGGUACUGCUGGUUCGAUGGCUAGAAUGUUGGAUCAUGUAUUGAAGGUUGUUCCUGCUGAAGCUUUAGCUGUACAUUGUCAUGACACUUAUGGUCAAGCCUUGGCAAAUAUCUUGAAAUCUUUGGAAUAUGGCAUUCGUGUAGUGGAUAGCUCAGUAGCUGGUCUGGGUGGUUGUCCUUAUGCUCCUGGUGCCAAAGGAAAUGUUGCUACUGAAGACGUAGUGUACAUGUUGAAUGGACUCGGAUACAAGACUAAUGUAAAUCUGGAUCAACUUGUGGAUGUCGGUAACUGGAUCUCUGACAAACUUGGACGUGAAACCAAUUCUAGAGCUGGUGCUGCUUUGACGGUGGCUCGUCUUAGAAAGGCUGCCUUGGAUUCAAAAUUAUAG